AUGGGGGUUCUUCUCCUCCCCAGGCUCUUCUCCGCCGCCGCCGCCGCCGCCGCCGCCAUGGAUCUUCCUCCGGCGACAAGGAAGAGGAGAAACUUCUCCCGCAUCUUCCAAGAGUGCGCCGCCCAGGUGGACCUGCCCGCCGGCAUGGCGGCGCACGGUCGCAUGAUCAUCUCCGGCUUUCUCCCCACCUUCUUCGUUGCCAACUGCCUCCUCCACAUGUAUGUCCGCUGCUCUCGACUCGACCUCGCGCACCAUUUGUUCGACCAUUUGCCCCACAGGGACACCGUCACCUGGAACAUCCUCCUUGCCGGCCACGCCCACGCCGGCGCCGUCGCCGCCGCGAGAGCCCUCUUUUCCGCCAUGCCCUCCCGCGACGCCGUCUCCUGGAACUCGCUCAUCUCCGGAUACUCCCUCGCUGGCGACCACCACCAGUCCCUCGCCCUCUUCUCCGAAAUGCGCCGCAGCGGCACCGUCGGCAUGGACCGCACCACCGUCGCCAUCGUCCUUAAGUCCUGCUCCGCCCAGCAGCACUCCGAGCUGGGGAGCCAGCUCCACGCCCUCGCCGUCCGCGCGGGCUUCGACUGCGACGUCAUGGCCGGCACCGCCAUUGCAGACCUCUACGCCAAGUGCGGUCUCCUAGGGGACUCUCUCCGUCUCUUCCACGGCUUGCCGGAGAAGAGCCCGGUUUCCUGGAGCACCGCCAUCGCCGCCUGCGUCCUCAACGGCCGCCUCACAGACAGCCUGCAAAUCUUUAAAAGAAUGCUACGGGGAGGGCUCCCGGCGUGCCAGUCCGCGUACGCCAGCACGUUCAGGGCCUGUGCCGCCGUGCCGGAUGCGCGCUCCGGCGAGCAGCUCCACGCUCACGCCUUGAAGUGCGACUUCAGCGGCGACGCCAUCGUGGGCACCGCUAUCCUCGACAUGUAUGCCAAGUCCGGCGAGCUGGAGGAGGCCAAGAGGGCGUUUCGGCUCCUGCCGGAGCGCGGUUUGCAGUCGUGGAACGCCAUGGUGGUCGGCCUUGGCCAGAGCAGCGAACACCACCACUCCUUGGAGCUGUUCCGGCAGAUGAAGCGGACUGGAUUCGGCGGCGACGAGGUCACCUUCUCCGGCGUGCUGAGGGCCUGCGCGGGCGCUGGAAGCGCCGCCGAGGGCGCGCAGGUGCACGGCCUGGCCAUCAAGGGCGGCCUCCAUUCCGACGUCUGCGUGGCCAACGCCACGGCCGACAUGUACGGGAAAUGUGGCAUGCUGGAGGAAGCAUACGCCCUGUUCGAUGAAAUGCCUAAGAGAGACGCCGUCUCCUGGAACGCCAUCAUCGCCGCCCUCGAACAGAACGGGAGGUACGAGGAGGCUCUUUCCCACUACAACCAGAUGCUCCGCCAUGGGUUUUUCCCUGACGAGUUCACCUUCGGGAGCGCCCUCAAGGCCUGCGCCAGCCUGCAGUCCCUGCAUGGCGGGGAGAAGAUCCAUGGCAGGGUCGUCAAGGCCGGGCGAGGGCUGGAUCCGUUCCUGGGCAGCGCCCUCGUCGACAUGUACUGCAAGUGCGGGCUGCUGGAAGAAGCUCUGCAACUCCAUGACAGGUUGGAGGAGCAGACCAACGUCUCCUGGAAUGCCGUCAUCUCCGGCUUCUCCCUCCAGAGGAGGACCGAGGAGGCCCAAAUGCUCUUCUCCAGCAUGCUGGACCUGGGUCUGAAGCCCGACAGCUUCACCUAUGCCACAGUGCUGGAUAUCUGCGCGAACCUCGCCAUCGCCGGCCUGGGGAAGCAGGUCCAUGGCCAGAUCGCCAAGCGGCGGCUGGAGCGAGACCUCUUCGUCUCCAGCACCGUGGUCGACAUGUACUCCAAGUGCGGGAACAUGGAGGACUCCCUGCGCAUGUUCGAGGAGUUGCAGGAGCGGGACGUCGUCGCCUGGAACGCCAUGAUCGGCGGGUACUCGCAGCACGGUCUCGGGGAGGAGGCGUUGAGGAUCUUCGCCAGGAUGAGGGCAGAGAAGGUGAACCCUAACCAGGCCACCUUCGUCGCAGUUCUCCGGGCCUGCGCCCACAUCGGCUCGCUCGAGGAGGGGAUGACCCACUUCAGCUCCAUGUCCAGAGACUUUGGAGUCGACCCGCAGCUGGAGCACUAUUCCUGCAUGGUGGAUCUGCUUGGCAGGUCAGGGAGGCCCCGGGAGGCGAUGGAGCUGAUCCUCGGCAUGCCCUUUGAAGCCGAUGCCGUCAUAUGGAGGACGCUGCUCAGCGUCUGCAGGGCCCGGGGGUACCUGGAGAUGGCGGAGGUCGCCGCCGGCGAGGUCCUGCGGCUCGAACCAGAGGACUCCGCCGCCUACGUGCUCCUUUCCGGCGCCUACGCGGAGGCGGGUAGGUGGGAUGAGGUCUCCAGGCUGCGGCGGACGAUGAGGGAGCGGAGGAUGAAGAAGGAGCCGGGCUGCAGCUGGAUUGAAGUGGAGGGCGUUGUGCGGAUGUUCCUCGCCGGCGACGAGGGUCGCCUCGCGUGCAGGGCGAUGUGUGAUGCUCUUGAUGCACUCGCCGGCGAGAUGAAGAGGUCUGGAUAUGUGCCCAGUUUUAGUUUAGAUCCCCUCAUCGAAGAAGCGGCAGAAGAAGAAGAGGAAGGUGAUGAUGAACACGAAGAGAUAAUCCCUCUCAUCUACUGA